AAAACAUCAAGACAUCAAGUUAUCGUGGUCUCUAAACGUUCCAAGCUCCGGAGCCUCGUUGUAGACAAGGGACUGAUUCGCACUGUUAUCGUGCGGGUCUCGAAUCUCGCUUUGGUUUUAUUUUAGCCUCGUGCUGUGAUUUUCGGAGAUAAUGGGGCUGAAGUAUGCCUAAAGUCGACGAUGACGGGCGCACGGUCUGCAUCGACGGCGUACAGGCAGGCAGCUUCUUAAGCGAACAGCGCCCACUACAUAUGUCAUCCGCAGAUUGGCUUUUCGGACCUCCAUCCCUCUCCAACUUCUCUGUAUGAGUCUUUGACGUUAUGCCUUCCAACAGCGUACUCGGACAGACCAUCCCGCCAGGCGAUGUCCACGCCGUCAGUGUUUCUCUACCAUCGUGGGAGGCGACUUUGGGAUGGGCGAGCAGGAACCCUGUGGUGCUCAAGCAGAUGAACAACGGAUACCCAAGGUUCUUUGUACAUCACCUCGUCACUAAACUCAGCCGCGUUAUCGUCGAUAAGUUUGGAGAGAGCAGUCAGGAAGCGCUCGUGUUCCCCACGCACGACAUAGCGGAGCGGUGUCAGGCUUAUCUUCACGACCAUGCCCGGGACAGUUCAGUACGGGUAGUCUGUGUCUCUGCUAAACUGGCGGACGGGGACAAGGAGUCGCAUACAAUCCCGUGGACAAACCUGCAUGCCGUUUCAUUCCACCCCGAUAACGUCAAAGUUGCGCGACAGUUCUGGCAGCACACCGGAGAGGGCGUUUCCAGCCGUCAGGCGGAAUACUGUCUACGAAUCGCCGACUCUUUUGUUCAAGACUGCGCUUCUCAUGUCUGCACCGUCUCCUCAUCAAACGUGCCCCUAUCUAUAAUUGCACCCGUCUCAAGCGACGCGACGGCCGAGAAAGAGAACAUCCGCAAACGCAUCGCGGGGCUCAUCUCUGUUGAGGACAAUCCCGUAACGACGCAUGACGUAUUUCUUUACUGCUCGGGCAUGAUGGCCAUCUCAGACCUCUAUCGCGCUCUCAUUCAUAGCGGGCCGUACGCGAAGGGCAAGUUCGUCGCGUAUGGGUUCCUGUACGUUGACUCGUUCAAGAUCAUGGACCGCUUUGCGCCCAAAGACGCGAUUCUGUACGGCCAUGCAAGCACGGAGGAGCUCGACGACCUUGAGACGCGCCUUGAGGGCGGCGAGAAGGUGACGGCGGUGUUCUGCGAGGUGCCAGGGAACCCGCUGCUUAUCACGCCGGAUAUGGAGCGGCUCCGGGCGCUCGCGGAUAAGUAUGAGUUUGUCCUCGUGUGCGAUGACACGGUAGGCACAUUCGUGAACGUGAAUGUGCUACCAUACGUAGAUGUCGUAGUGACGAGCUUGACGAAGCUCUUCAGCGGCACGUGUAACGUGAUGGGCGGGAGUGUUGUCGUCAACCCGAAGUCAAAACACCACGACCGCGUCCAUGACUCCUUGACGCACCUCCACAGAGACAUCUAUUUCCCACUCGAUGCUGAGCAGAUGUGGAAGAACUCUGACAAUUUCCACGAACGCGUGCAGGCAACCAACAGGAACGCGCAGGCUGUUGCGGAGCGCCUUGCCACGCACCCACGGGUAGCUAAGGUGUACUACCCGUCUCUGAGUCCGACGAAGCACCUGUACGACGUGUGCCGUCGCCCUGGAGGCGGAUACAGUUACCUUGUCACGAUCUUAUUCAAAUUGCCCGCGGAGGCGGUAGCGUUUUUCGACGCAUUGGACGUGGCGAGGGGGCCGAGUCUUGGAACGAACUUUUGUUUGUCGUGUCCGUACACGCUGUUUGGGCACUACAACGAGUUGGAGUGGGUGGCGCAGUUUGGCAUUGACGAGUACCUCGUCCGCAUCAGCGUGGGCGCGGAGCCUCAAGAUGAGGUUAUGAAGAAGAUUGAGGUGGCACUGGAGGCGAUGCCAAAGGUGUCCUAAUUGCAUGACUAAUGAGGAUUUCCAUGGGUAACAUAUCUCCACCUAUCGUUGUGUUAUAUAAGGUACUUCGCCCGUAUUCCCUUCUAUAUUAUCGCAGAGCAUUCCAGCGUCGUCAAUGUUAUGCUUAGUAUUAUCUUGCUUAUUACAA